AUGGACGAGGUUAUCCGUUUCCGUCAGGAACUGCAGCGAGCCCAAGCGUCUACGCCCAAACUUGACGGCGGAAACGGCGCGUCUAAUUUUAACGGGCUCACUCCCUCCGGAGGCGCCAUUGGCGGCCGCGCAUACGCGGAACCUCCGCGAACGCCGCCGGGACUUGCGGGUGGCUUGCGAGGCGGACUGAGCGGUGCCACACGGACGGUCAAGAUCUCCCGAUCGCAAUCGCUGCAGCCCAAGGCGGGCGCGAUGGGGGCGUUUCUCCGCGCGCUGAAAGAAACGGAGGGGGCGGAAGGCGAGGGGAAGGGGGGAGGCGGAGAAGGGGGAGGCGGCGGAAAGGGGUUUGGCGCAGGCGGGGAGAAGUCCCUCGGGUUGCGCCGAGCUGCGGAUCCGCUUGACGGGGGGCACGGCGGAGGCGGAAGCGGCGGCUUGCGCGGAAGCGGGGAAGGGGGAAGGGAUUCCGGGCGGAGCGGAAGCAGGAACGAGCUCUCCGGAGGCCGGCGGGAAGGGGGAGAUUCGGAGGAGCGCGGACGGCAAGACGGCGAGAUGGGGAGAAACGGCGGAAUUGUGAAUCGCCGGCUUAACUUGGGGGGCGCGGGGGUUAUGGCGGGCGGAAGCCUUGGGCGCAAGAUGGGGAGCGCUAUGCGCCGAUCGACAUCGGUUCAGGUGCAGAAUAUGUCCGCUUCGGGCGGCCGCGCGGGCAGCGGACGAAAAGACGCGUUCCACGAGGCGGUUGAGGAGAUGCUGGGGGAGAAACGGGCAGGAGAAAAAGAUUCUGACGGGAGGCGCGGGGGGAGUAAGGAUCGGGAUUGGGAGAGGGACAGGCAUAGGGAUAGCGGCGAUGAGCGGAAUUUCCGCUCCGAUGACGAUCGCGACCGUUCUACUAACGAGCGUCGCAAUAGCGGGGAGUUUCGUCUCGAAAAAGAGUAUUCGUCUGAGCGGGAAGAGCGGGGCGGGAGGAGGAGUGGUGAGUAUGACAGGAGUUCUAAUAGCGGGGGGAGAAAUUUAUCUAACUUAUCGGGCGGCGGGAGAAGCAACCCUAGCAGCGGAGAGUUUGAGAUCGGGGGAAGCAGGGGCGCGGGGGAAUCGGGGAGCGCAGCUGGGGGAGGGGGAGCCGGAGGAGGGGGACUUUCCAGGCUGGGGGCCGGGGGAGGGGGAGCGGGCGGAGACCCCUUCCGCGGACUGGGCGGAAACAGGGUGCCGAUCGGGGGAAGCGUGGGGCGGCGUAGCGGAAUGGGGCUGUUGCGGAGCGGAUCCCUGCAGCCCCGCAACUCGCGCAAGAUCGCGCGCGACUCGUUCUUUGGCGCGCUGGAAGAGGUGGACGAGGAGAAAGGCGCGGGGAAGGGCGCGGGGAAGGGCGCGGGGGGGGAUUGCGCCGGGGGGGCGGGCGGGGGGGAAGCGGGCGGGCGCAGGGUUCCGCACUCGCUUUCCGCGGGUGGGCAACUGCCUAUGAGCUCUCUUAGAAGCUCCCUUGGUCAGGACGGAAAGCAGGGCUUCGAGUUAUCCCAGUCCCACAGACGCGGCCAUUCCGUUUCGCUCCACGACUCCUCCAGCGGCGGCGGCGGCGGCGGGGGCGGCGGAGUGCUAGAAAAGGGCGGCGGCGCGUUGGCGGGGCUCCCGGUUGUUCCUCUAACGGGGGGAGCGGCUGUAGCGGGAGUUCCCGGGGUGGGCGGCGUGGUUCUCUCGGGAAAAUCACGACCGCUUUCCAGCCUUCGUAGAGCUUCCUCCCUCGUGCCUGUGGGGGCCAAAGAUAGGCCGGGGAGCUCGGGGGGGCUGAGAGGCGGGGGAGGCGGAGGCUUAGGGGGGGGCUUGGGCGGAGGCGGAGGGGGAAGAGGCGGGGAUUCGGAGGAGUCGUUCUCGUUCCAUGAUUUUGUGAAGGAGUUGAAAGCUAGUGGCGGCGGUGGUGCUGCUGCUGGCAGUGCUGCUGGUGGUGACUUGGGUGGUGGUGGUGGUAGGGGGGGCGGGGAGGGAGGGACAUCAGCAGGGGGAGCGCACAGGAGAACGGGUUCUUCUGGCGAGCGUGACAGUAACGAGCCGUUUUCGUUCUCAGUCAGCCAUGCCGAAAACAAAAUCGCCAAUCCAGAUAUACCCAGAAGCAGCAGCGCCGCCACGAGCAGCAAAGCCGACUCGGAUAGCCCAGCCCGCAGGCAGUUCCCCUCGUCUCUCUCCCUUUCCAAGAGCCCUCGCGGCGCCAGAGGCGUCACUUUCGCCUCUGGGAAAGACCUAGUGGAGGAUUUAAGUUUGCGCCCUAAGACCCCUCCCACUAGGUUCGGAGGGUUGGGAGGGGGAGGAGGAGGAGGGUUGAGGCCGAGUAGUGGGGGGUUCGGAGCGAGAGGAGGAGGAGGAGGAGGGGGGUUGAGGCGGGCUACGUCAGUCCAGCCGGGGCUGACGUCAGCGGACAUAAGGAAGUGGGGGGCGUUGGAUGGGAGUGAGGGGGAAGGGGAGGGUGCGAGGGGGAGUGUGAGGGGAGGAGGACGGGGGGACGGGAGAGGGGAGGGUGGGAGAGCAGGAGAGAGUGGGAGAGAGAGGGAGAGAGAUAGGGGGAGGCAGGAUGGCGGGAGUGGGCGCAGGAGUGGUAUGGGUAGUGGAAAGGGAGACGAAGGGGAAAGGAGAGGAGGAGAAGGGGGGAGCUUAGGCGGAGCCGGGAGAGAAGGAAGGGGGGGAUUGAGUGGCGGAGGGGGAGGAGGAGGAGGCUUGCACAGAACGUCUUCCAUGCCAGCUAAUAAGAAGAUAGAACAUGACCGAGCGCAGAGGGAGAGAGAGGGGUAUGGGGUGCGGGAUGGGCACAGGGACGCGCAUGGCGCUCUAGCUUCAGACUCUGACGCCGAGAAGGUGGAAGCAGUAAGCACCGUGCGCGCUUUGCUAAAAGCCAAUAAGGAAAACAAGGCAAAGCUGAUUGCAUCCGGUGGUAUACCACCGCUGGUGGCUUUCCUACAGAGAAACAGCCCUGCAGGGAAAGACCAGGCGGUAACCGCUCUGCUGAAUCUCUCUCUGGUCGCCGGUGCGCCGGCUAUAAUAGCGUCUGUCGGGGGAAUUGCGGCUAUUACAGAUGUUCUUCGCUCGGGCAGCCCGGCUGCCCGGGAAAACGCGGCGGCUGCCCUUUUCGCGCUUUCGGUCGAUGAGGCUAAUCAGACGCUGGUUCGGGAAGCUGGAGCUAUCCUGCCAUUGGUCGGCGUGUUGCGCAUGGGCAGCACGCGCGGAAAGAAAGACGCGGCUCUAGUUCUUUUCAACCUGUCCAGAGACCCGCAGAGCCGGCUGGAAAUCGUCCGGGCAGAUGCGGUGAAAGUUUUGCUCGGGCUGCUGGGGUGCUCGGAAGUCGGGCUGGAAGAAAAAGCCAUGGCUGUCCUAGCCAACCUGUGCAGGCUUCAAGAGGGGUGUGAAGCGGUGCUGAGGAUCAAUGGCGCGGUUCCGGCGUUGGUUGCAGUAGUGGAGGGCGGUUCGCAGAGGGCCAAGGAGGAUGCGGUGAUGACUCUGCUGAUGCUUGCGAAUAGCGAACCGGAUUGCUGCCGGGGCAUGCAGGGGGAGGGGAUGAUGGAGGUGCUUCAUGAGUUGACCCGCAAUGGGUCUUCAAGGUGUAAGAGCAAGGCUAAAGCGCUGGUAGAGCUGCUGCAGAUGCAGGGGGAGGAGGACUCUGAGUAA